UUAACUGCAACCAAAUCUACCCUCGGGUACAAAUAAAGUUACCUUAAACCUUAAAGGUUAAAAUAUUAACCAGUGAUUUGAUUAUAGCUCCAGCCAUUAUCACAGACAACUGUGGCCCUGUAAACUAAGUUAAAUCCAACAGCAAAAGCUCAGAUGGGGUCUGUAUCCCACUGGGAUCCUAUUUUUGGGUCUCAGAUAUGAUACAGCUGUGAGAGUCCUAAUAUAUGUAUCUGGGUCACAGCAUUCCCUUACCCCACCCUACCCCUGCAGCACCCUGUCAUAUGACACCCAACUCGUGAUGCAGAACGUCAGUGCUUUCCAACACAGAGCUGGGCAACUGGCUGAACUAGUUCAACCUCCAAGGAAUGUGUUUGUGCAAGUCUGCUGUACUUUGCCCUGCCCUUUGCUUGGAAUAAUUAUGGACCGCCUCGAAGAAUUCCAGGAAAAACAAUCUUCCGGCGGGACAUAGAGCUAUAGCCAAGCACUGUGGACGCUGACAUUAUUAUCACAUGAAAUAAAAGUGUCAAUGGUUCAGGACAACAAACUUGAUGUUGACUUUUCUUAAAGCAGGGUCAUUCAAGCCGGUUUGGGUGGGACGUUUAGUUCCACGUCAACAGCUUGCACAACAAACAUAUCGCACAGGUUUCCUCAGAACAACAUUAAAGACUUUGAAUGGAUCUGGUGAAACAUGCAGGCGGCUGCCACUGUGGGGCUGUUAGAUUUGAAGUCUUGAGUUCCCCAGACCUCCAUGUUUUCCACUGCAACUGCAGCAUUUGCACAAAGAAACAAAACCAUCAUUUCAUCGUCCCAAAAAGUCACUUCACACUCUUACAGGGAUCAGAUAAUCUCACCACCUACACGUUUAACACUCACAUGGCUAAACACACCUUCUGUAAAACCUGUGGAGUUCAAAGUUUCUACACGCCACGCUCCAACCCUGAUGGAUAUGGUGUUGCUCCGCACUGUCUGGACCCAGGUACUGUCCGCAGUGUCACAGUGGAGAAGUUUUGUGGGGAGACGUGGGAAGAAAGCAUGCAAGCUCACAAGAGCAUCAGAGACAUGUCUAAAUCUGCAGCAGACAGAGAAACAGAAUAACACCACUGUCAUAUAAGAAUCAAACCUUUUUUUAAUCAAACCAGUAAAACAGAAAUACUUUACACUUUUUUCUACAAUCAUUGACAUUAUGAGAUUUAUAAAAACCCAACUUAUUCAAACCCUUGUGU